AUGUUGAUGAAGACCAAUGGUUUAGAUAAAGGUCCAAAAACGAAUAAAUUAGUAUGGAUAAGCCAGAGAGAAGAUACUAGUAGGGACCAAAGUAUAGAGUUAGCCAAUUAUAUAAACUUAAAUUCACGUAAAACAUAA